CCUCCACCUCCCGCCCUCCCGUUCCCGUUACCCUCCUCAACAAGCGCCGCCUGUGGCCGCCGCAGCUCUCCAUCCUGGCGCAACACCACCGCGCGGUCAACAGCGUGGCGUUCAACCCCGCGGGAACGCUGCUUGCCUCCGGCAGUGAGGACCGCAGCGUGCGGCUCUGGGACCCCCUCACGGGCGAGCAGAAGGCGGUGCUGUUCGGUCACCGGGGCCAGGUGCUGGGAGUGGCCUUUGCACCCAAUGGCGCACUCAUCGCCUCGGGUUCCGUGGACUCCACUGUACGGCUGUGGGACGCGAGUACGGGCGAGGGAAAGGCGGAGCUGGUGGGUCAUGUGGAUUGGGUGCGAGAUGUCGCAUUCGCGCCGGCGAAGCCGGCGCAGCAGCAGCAGCCUGACGGCGGCGGUAGCGGUGGUGGCGGCGGUGGCGCCUCCACCCCGCACCUCCUCGCCUCCUGCGGCGACGACAAGACUGUAAGGCUGUGGGACCUUUCCGGACCUGGACAACCCACGUUACGUGCCACGCUGGCCGGCCACACCGACGUGGUCUACUCAGUUGCCUUUGCACCCGACGGCGCUCUGCUCGCCUCAGGUUCCGCGGACCAAUCCAUCAGGCUUUGGGACACGGCCGCAUGCCGCCAGGCAGGCCGAGCGCUCGUCGCGCACAAGUUCCCGGUAACCUGUGUUGCCUUCAGCCCCGCAGGGGGGCUGUUGGUUUCCGGCUCGCAUGACAAACUGAUCUACCUGUGGGACCUGCCGAGCUGCCGGGACAGCGGCGUGCCGUCGGGGGAGUUCGCGGGGCACACGGACAAGAUCCUGAACCUCGCCUUCUCGCCGGAUGGCUCGCAGCUGGUUUCCGCUUCCGCGGACGGGUCCAUGCGGAUUUGGAACGUGGGCAGUCGGCAGCUGCAGGGGGUGCUGUUGGGCCAUGCAAGCGGGGUGGUGGCUGCGGCCUUUGCGCCGUGCGGCAACGUCCUGGCCUCCGCGGCAAGUGACAACACGGUGCGGUUGUGGGAUCCGCGUAUCGCAUGUGAGGGUGGAAGCGUGGAGGAGGCUGCUGCCAGCCACAUGGAUUGCGUCACGUGGGUUGCGUUCAGCCCCAGCGGGGCGAUGGUGGCGUCUGCGGGGCAGGACUGGACGGUGCGGCUGUGGGACCCCGAGGAUGGGAGCCACAAGGCGUUGCUGCAGGGCCACACCGACGUGGUCCGCUGCGUCGCCUUCAGCCCCAGCGGCCACCUGCUGGCCUCCGCCUCCUCCGACUGGACGGUGCGCCUGUGGGACCCGCUGGCCAAGCUGGAGACGGGGGUGCUCACGGGGCACUCGGACCGGGUGCUGGCGGUGGCGUGGGCGCCCAGCGGCCGGCUGCUGGCGUCGGCGUGCCAUGGCGGGGUGGUGAUGGUGUGGGAUGCGUUGUCGAUGAAUGUACGGCUGACGCUUAAGGGCCACUCCGCACCCGUGCACGCGCUCGCCUUUGCGCCCAACUCCAAGUCCCUAGCAUCCGCAAGCGCCGACCGAACCGUACGGGUCUGGCACACCACCCCCUCUCAACAGCUCCAACAGCCCUCAUGCGGGGCCGACCCACCAUCUCCGGCUGCCGCUGCUGCUGCCGCAGCGGCUCUCGUCAUUCGCGGCCACGCGGGCGGCGUCAACGCCGUAGAGUACGACAAGAGCGGCAAGUUCCUGGCCAGCUCCUCCCUGGAGGAAAAGGCGGUGCGGGUUUGGGACCCCUCCACCGGUGCGCUGUUGUGCGUUAUCGCAAACGCAGCACUUUGCGCUCCCGGGGCAUUCUCCAUGUAUUCCCUAGCGCGCCACGCGCCCUGCGUGAGGGCGAUUGUGCUGAAAGCCAGCGCGAGUGGUUGCGGCGGUGGUACCGGCGGAGGCGGUGGGUGUGGGAAAUCGGAUGGCGGCGGAAGCAGCAACGGAGGAGGACGGGGCAGCGGCGGCGGCGGCGUCGGAGGGACAGGGGGGCCCAUGAGCCCUGCGUUGGGCCACAUGACCUCCUUCACCCCGCAGCACCUGCUGCAACCCUCCAUGACGCUGCGAAUGGAACGAAGCUCCCAGAACGGUGGCGGGGUGGUGAUUGGUGGUGGAGGCGCGUCGGGGGACUACGCGGGGUGCAACUUCAGCGGCAUGAUUGCGAGCGGCGGCGGCGGUGGCGGGGGGUUCGGAGGCGGUUUCGGAGGCGUUGGCGGGUGCGGUAUCGGCGGCAUGGCGGCCGUCCCUGGAGGUGGUUUGAACGCCAGCAUGCGUAUCAGCGCCGGCGGUGCUGGCGGCUUUGGUGGGCUUGGCGGCAUGGCGUCGACUAGUCCUCGGGAUGGCCCUGGCGGCGCUGUUGGAGGGGGCCCUGCGUCUCCGUCUCUGCAGGGCGCUGCGACCAUGCGCCGAGGCAGAGAGGAUGCGGCUGGGGGUGGUUGUACGACAGCCCCAAAGGCGGUUAUGGAGCUGGUUUCGGAGGCGGAUAACCCGAUUGUGCCCAUUUACACGCAGUUUGUGAGUCCCAAGUGUGUCACGGUGUACGGCAAACGGGUGGUGAUGUCGGAUGGGCCGCACUUGUAUUUCUUCGAGUCGAAUGAGGGCAAGGUGGUGGGCUGGAAGAACCGGGUGCAAUCGGCGGUGCCUUGAUGGUGUGUGGCUGGGUGCUCGUGUUGAGAGCUAUGACGGACGCAAGGUGCGAGGAGCUGGCAUACGGUACAGAGGUGCCGAGCUGUGUGUGGGCUGAUGAGGGCACUGCGUAAUGAGAUGCGAGGUGUAGGUUGAGGUGGUUGUGAGGUGGGGUGUAUACGCUAUACGGAUGCCGCAAGAGGAAUGACUUGGCGAGGGCAAAAGCGGCAUGAACCGGAACUAACAGGUGUUGGUACCAGAACCCAAUCAUUGAGUUGCUCGACGUGUUUGACGUUUGGCUGUGUGGAUUUGACGUGUCUUCUGUUAGGACGAGAGGUUUGUUACUACUUGGCUAGGAUAAUGUAUAUGCUAUGAUUCGAUCAAUCGCUGUCAAACGUCAUCCCGUCGUGAGAUGACUCCAGGAAGGGCAAGGACGCCAGGCUAGUGCGCUGCAAAGGGGCGCAGUUAGCCGGGCAGGGGGAGGGAGUGGGAGAUUCGGACCGAGGGGCUAAGGCACGUUAUGUGUCGUACAAAUAAUGAUGUGAAGGUGAUGUUGGCGUGUAUGUGAGCAUGUUCCGUGCAUAUCUGCGUGUGUGGCCUGUUUGGCGUGCAGGGUUGAGCGGCGGCGCGCUGCUGCUGUGAUAACUAACCGGGAAAUACACUCAAGGAGUGGCAAGGCAGGAUGCAUGAGUGGCCGUUACAAUGGUUCGCUAAAAGGGAACAUGGGUGGAUGGGCGGUAAUCGCCCCGCGGUUCGGUCGUUGCCGGCUUGCUAAUGAACAGGGAUGUGCCUUUGCAAGUCGACAACGUAACGUGAUGUGGGCUUUGUACAUAUCGUGCUGCUGCCGGCUGUGGCCGGAGAUGUUGGCGAAAGCGACAUCUCUUUUUCAAAUUGUUUCAUCUGCAGAUGUAUGUAUAUGCCCGUACACAGUCGUUACGGUGAGAUACUAAUGACCCUUUAUGCUGCUAAAACGUUUGCCCUGAGCUUGCUAAUUGUAGGCCAUGAAACAACUUCGUAAGCUGUGUCGAACGACGCAGGCGGAAGGUGUCUUACAAGUGCCGUAUACGUCAGCACAUGAUGUACAGCACGUGAAGUACCGAUACUCCGCAGACGCGCUGUAACCAAACUGGCCUUCAACUAGUUAUGUGCGCCACCCCCGUGAUGCUGCACAGCAGGCUCUGUGUGCUGCACAUAUUGGGGUCUAAGGCAAAGGCCGCAUGCGACCGGCCUGGAGGCAUGUUAAGUACCUUGCCAUGGGAUGUUCGCAAUGAAAAUAGUAGCGAAGUAAGAAUGCGAGUAUUACAGCGGAGUCAAGUUGUGAAGUAAGGAUAGCAAUCGGGUGAGUUUGCUCGUACAUUACUGUGUCAGCAACUCCCCCGUCCGACCAUCGCCAUCCUAACGUGUCAUCCUCUGCAUACGUUGUAGUAAUUUGCGUGCGAGGUGCGCUGUAGAUACUUAGUCGGCCUGUACAAGAAAUCCGAAUUGCCGUCCUCGCGCACAAACCAACAGACACGACAUGAGAGGAACGCUUAUACUCUACGUCAAACUGCCGACGAUAGUCCAGAUUAUCAGGGUAUCUUGCAUAGACUCGUUACUGUCUAAGUAGAGGCUGGAACACAGCAGGCCUUGCACGCCAAUGAGCUGGAGCGCUCAGCACCGAGCCCGUCUGGGUUUAUAUAGUCAUAGUACAGUGUGUCGAGUAGUAUCGUGGAGCACUAAACCUCUGAGACCCUGCCGGUUAAGGGUCCGGUCCAUGGCGUCGUUAACGCUUGCAUGCUCAUCAGCAUCCCCGUCCCAAGCUGGAGCUCCCUUCCAAGUCCUCGUCUACUGUGGUGAAGGCGCAGGGCAUCAAUCCGCACGGAACACCCUACACGCGCUCAAACGAUGCCUUGCGCCGGGCGUUGAGGCGCGCUUUCUGGACACCGAGGAACUGCUCGAGGGUCGCUGGCGUGGGAGCUGCCUGCUGCUCGUGAUGCCUGGAGGAGCUGACCUGCCUUACUGCAGACGUCUCAACGGCCGGGGCAACCAACUCCUAAGGGCCUACGUGGAGGCCGGCGGCUCCUACCUCGGCCUGUGCGCGGGCGCCUACUACGCGUGCGGCCGGGUGGAGUUCGAGCUGGGCGGGCCGCUGCAGGUGGUGGGGGAGCGGGAGCUGGCCUUCUUCCCGGGCACCGCACGAGGAGCCGCGUACCCGGGCUUCGACUACACCUCGGAGCUGGGCGCCCACGCCGCUCCCCUGCGCUUCCGGCCACCCAAGCUCCCUCCUCCUCCUCCAGCCCCCUCCCCAUCCCCAUGUACCCCGUCUUUCACUACUCCUAGCCAGGCACAACACCCGCACCACCCAUGCCAGCCGCAGCAGCAGCAGCACCCAUGCCAGCCGCAGCAGCAGCCCCUGAAACGGCAGCAUCCACCGCAUGCGCAGUCGAUACCAAUGCCCGACCAUAAGGGAGGCCCCCUGCCUCCGCCGUGCCACCAGCAGCACCACCUCCACCGACCCAUAUCAUUGCAGCUGCAGCAGCAGCCGGAAGAGGAGCUGUCCGUCGCUGCAUGCCCCUUGCGUGUCCCACGGUUAGCACCUGACCACCUACACUUCGGCGACGCAGCAGCGGUGGCAGAGGUGGGUGUGCCGCAUGCAAGCCGCCCUGCCAACGCCUACCCCGCAGCCGCAUGCUACCAUGCAGGCUCGUCACCGAGCGGGACCUGCAACCGCGGCAGCCCACCGGGGGACGCACCCCUUGAUGACGCACCUGGGCCAAGAGGGCAGGCAGACGCAGGGCUAAGAAGAGGUGCGGGGCUGGCAACAGCAGCCGGUGGCGAGGGGGUUGCUAGCAGCGGCAGCAGCACUGGUGAGGGUUGCUGCUGCGGUGCGUUGCGAAGCAGCGAUGUGGACGGCAUGCGGAGCGCCGCCCUCACCGGAGGUUGCGGCGAUGGCCAUGCCAAGGCGGAGGUGGCCGGGGGGGACAGCGAUGCCGGGCGCUGGGUGUUCUGCCGGGACUACUCCAAUGGGGGCCCAGUCUUCGAGCUUGCGAGCGAUAUACCGGUAGCAACAGCCGCCACCGCUACUGCAGGCGCUAGUAGUACGGCAGCGGAAGCGGAGGCGGCAUUAGGGCAUGGCACGGAUGAUGCGCAUGCAGCAGCAGCAGCCGCGUCAUCAUCAUCCGCAGCCACCGCCUCCUCAUCCCCAGCAGCACCAGCACCAGCAGCAGCGGUGGGGGCUGUGGAGGUGCUGGCGGUGUAUCCGGACUUGGGAAACGCGAUGGCGGCUGUCAGGUGUCCUGUGGGCCGGGGAGUGGCGGUGCUAUGCGGUACGCAUCCCGAGAUGCCGUACGAGUCACUGUUGAAUGCCGUAUUGCCGUACGACGCACGACAAGCACGACACGUGGCGGCACUUGGCUCGGAGCUAGCGGCCUGGGAGCGACAGCGGCGGCAGUUUUGGAUGGCACUGUUGUUGGCAUGUUGUACGUCAAGCGCUGCUGCUGCUGCUGAUGAUCCGGGAUUACCGGCGGCGGCGGCAGCAGGGUCUGCGGCGUCAUCGUCGCCGUUAGCACUGUUUGGUGGCGUGUUGUCGGCAGCGGGAGUGGGCUGCGACGCUAGCAGGAGUGUGGAGGCGGUGAAGGCGGUGGGCGUGGCGGUUGAGCGACGAUGAGAGGGUCUGUCAGGGCCUGUCGCAAAGUUGGGUGGGCUGAGAAGCAACAUUUGAUGAAGGUUGUUGUGUCGCCUUUUUGAUAUCAGGCCGUUACUCUUCCACCCUUCCUUCCUAUGAAUUUUGCUAAUAAUUGUACACUGUUGCACACCUCGGCUGAUACCCGUUCAUCCUUCUUCCCGCGUUUCCAGGCCGCUAACCGCCUUGAAUAGUUUGACUCCACAGUCCACAACUAGCAGACAGUACACGCAAGAAAAAGGUUAAAGCUUGAUGCCGUAACAACCCUGCGAUGGCUGCUGCAGCUGAUGCACUUUAUGAGGGGGAACGCUUUGCGGUUGGCGACGACGAGUUAGUAAGCGAGUUCGACGAUACAGAUAGCAGUGGACAUGACUUGGGUAGCCAGGAUGGAAUUCCAGGGCGGGAGGCCUCGAGGCAGCACCUCUCCCAGGCGGAAACGGACGCGGUGUCAACGCGCAGCAGCAUCACCAGCACCUUUUAUGCAUCCUCUGUUGUUUCAUCGUCAAGACCAGCUAUAACGAUAAUCGGUGUUGCUGAAAGCUGCAUCUCCGAGACGGCUGCAGGGCCAGACAGACAGGGCCGCGCGAACGGAGGCAUCGCGAGCCGGGGUGGCUUUGCUUCUCCGCUAACAACCCACCAGCACCAGCAGCACGGACCUGCUUGUUGUGACAGCACUGCGAGCAUCCCACAUACCAGCAGCAGCAACGGCGGCCCACAUCCCGACAGCUGCGAGCGAAGGCCCUUUCACAGCAGUGUGCACCUCGGCCAGCAGCCACAAACAUUUUCAGUCGAGAGCACUUGGGCUUAUCAUCCUCCAGCACUUACAACUACCACACCAUCACAACAACCGUACCAAGGGCUUCCUGCGUUGCCAGUUCCCGAACAAAGCGGACCGGGCGGACCCAGCACGCGACCCGAUCCAGCUGCUCGAAGAUGCCUGACCGCCUCCUUCACAGCGGAAGCCUCCUCAUUCCCCUCCUCCUCCUCGUCCUCCCACCCGUCGUCCUUCUUCCCAUCUGCCCACCCUCGUGUCUGGCAACACCGCAAUCACCACCAACCAAACCAACAAACACAGCAACCGCAGCAAGCGCUUCAGAUCGAAGCAGGCGGAGCCGUGCACGGAGCGCACACGCAUCUUGGCUCAACAAUCACAAGCCAAAACGACCCAUGGGUCACUACCCCACCCGGACGCCAUAGCAGCAGCAACGCCGCUGUUCCUUCCGCCAUCAUUAAUUCCUCCCCGCCUUCCGCUCGCCUUCCUCCCGCUCCGCCCAUGUUUCACCCGAACCAGUCCGCUGAUUCUCCGCCAUCGCAACCAGCGCAUGCGACGCCUCCACGCCGGUCCUCAGCCCCCCAUGCUGCUCCACAUCAACUGCCGCAGGGGGCUCCCCAGCCCUCCGCCAGCCCAUGCAGCUUCGGCAGCCCCUGUCCCAGCCCUCCUGCUGACUCCGAGCUACGCCACGUCAGCCACCGCAGCACCCCUGGGGGUCGCAGCGGGGGAGGCAUGUACGACAACAACAACGCCAACAACAGCAAAUCCAUUACGACGGGCUGCUUUGAAACGUACGACAACGCAUCGCAGGACCGGAAGCAGCAGUGGCAACAACAGG